AUUGUUUACUUGAUCAAUAUCUGUUGUGUAGCUUCCACCUAUACCAAUGGAAUACAGUGAACAGCUGGGAGUGCUGAUACAUAGCAUGUUGAGCAAAAAGCCUGAGGAACGACCAGAUGUCAAAGCUGUUCUCAGGAAGUCGUACAUCAAGAGUCAUAUUGCUUUGUUCCUGGAAGCCACAAAAGUGAGAGCUAUGAAAACACGUAAGAAAACCUCAUUAGAAUCUAAACCCAUUAAUUCCUCUACUGUGACAUUGAAGCGCAAUUCACAGUGUGAAUCUGAGGUCCCUUUGGACAUGGAUCCCACCAAGAAAUAUAUCAAGGUAAGAAUUCUAAGCUCAGAGUACUGCCCCAGUGAAGAUUUUGUGACG